AUGUCGCGUUUAAUUGUCAAGGGACUCCCGCAGUACUUCAGUGAGGAAGACUUGAAAAAACACUUCAGCAAACAAGGGGUGGUGACGGAUGUGAAGUUGAUGAAGAAGCGCAACGGUGAAUCCAGGCGGUUUGCCUUCAUCGGGUAUUUGAAGCAGGAAGACGCUGAGAAGGCGGCCAAGUAUUUUGACAAAACCUUCGUGGAUACAGCCAAAAUUGACGUUGAGUUGGCGCUAACCUUUUCCGACCCUACCGUGCCAAAGUCGUUCAAGGCGAAGAGAAGAAUGGCUGAAGACAUCGCGUGGGAACGCGAGCAGCGAUUUGCGAGCCAACAAGAGGACUGGGAGGUGAAGAGGAGAAAGCAGAGAUCUGGGAUUGACGACGAAAUUCAGAGCAACCCAAAGUUGAAAGAGUUCAUGGAGGUGAUGAAGCCGUCGCACCAGGUCAAGUCGUGGGCGAACGACGAUGCUGCUGACGGUUCUGGUGCCCCAUCCUCUAAGUUCUUAGAGGAACAUCUUGCGGCGAAGGAGGGCAAGGAGAUCCUCGCACAGAGCUCCGUGGAUGCCAUUGCCGACGGUGCCAGUGAUGACGAGUACGAAACUUUUAAGCCUAAGACGGAAGAAGAAGAAGAGGAGGAGGAGAUGAUGAGCUUGAGUGAAUUGCCGGCGAACGACGAAUCUGCUACUGAUACCACAAUUUCUGAUCUCGACUGGCUCAAACAGAGACGAAUGCGUAUGUCUGACAAGACCGAAGAAACCGAGUCCAGAGAAUCUUUCAGAGCCGAUACUACAUCAGAAGAGUCGGCCCCACGGGUUCCGAACAUCCAUCCGGACAGACAGAUCAAUCACCAGUCGUUGGAGGAACAAAUUCUGCACCGACAGACGCGCAAGCCAGAGCCACAGCCGGAGGAAGAGGGGAUUGUUGGCGACGAGGAAGCCAAGACUGUGCGUGGGAUCGCGCAGACUGGGCGUUUAUUUUUGAGAAACAUCUUGUACACGGCCGCGGAGGAUGAUUUCCGCCAGUUGUUCAGCAAGUUUGGGGCUUUGGAAGAGGUGCACAUUGCUAUCGACACACGUACCGGGAAGUCGAAAGGGUUCUGCUACAUCCAAUUCAAGAACCCGGAGGAGGCCAUCCAGGCGUACUACGCGUUAGACAAGCAGAUUUUCCAGGGGCGGUUGUUGCACAUUUUGCCCGGCCAGAAGAAGAAGGACCACCGUUUGGACGAGUUUGACAUCAAGAACUUGCCGCUUAAGAAGCAGAAAGACUUGAAGCGCAAGGCCGAUGCCACCAAGACCGUUUUCUCGUGGAACUCGCUUUACAUGAAUAACGAUGCCGUGAUGGAGUCCGUGGCCGCGAAGAUGGGGGUCUCCAAGGCCGACUUGAUUGACCCCGAGAACAGUGGCUCUGCCGUGAAGCAGGCUUUAGCCGAGGCUCACGUCAUCGGAGACGUCAGAAAGUACUUUGAGGGCAAGGGGGUGGACUUGACUCAGUUUGACAAGAGCGAGAGAGACGACAAGAUCAUCUUGAUCAAGAACUUCCCAUACGGGACCACCUCCGAGGAGAUUGGCGAGCUCUUUGCGCCGUACGGCGAGAUGAAGCGUAUUUUGAUGCCUCCAGCCGGCACCAUUGCCAUAGUGGAGUUCCGCGACGCCCCGUCCGCCAGAUCUGCCUUCACCAAGUUGGCGUUCAGGCGCUUCAAGAAGUCGAUCAUCUACCUCGAAAAGGGCCCGAAGGGCUUGUUCACACGUGAGCCGACGAACAACGAGUCCGUGGACGUGAGAGAAGAGGUGGAGGAGGCCGCGAAGGAGGCAAAGAUGUCUGUUUCGGACGUUUUGCACAACGGCGCGGAAGACGAUGCAGAUGUCUUUGAGGGUCCAACGGUGUCCAUUUUUGUGAAGAACUUGAACUUCACCACCACUUCGCUCCAGCUUACCGAGGCGUUCAAGCCGCUUGCUGGGUUUGUGGUGGCCCAGAUCAAAACCAAGCCAGAUCCAAAGAAGGAAGGAGGGUCGUUGUCUAUGGGGUUUGGCUUUACCGAGUUUAAAACCAAGGAACAGGCUAACGCGGCCAUUGCGGCCAUGGACGGCCACGUUAUCGACGGCCACAAGUUGCAAUUGAAGCUUUCGCACAGACAGGCCUCCACCUCCGCCCGUCCUACAACUGUUUCCGACAAAAAGUCGAGCAAGAUCAUUAUUAAGAAUUUGCCGUUCGAGGCUACCAGAAAGGACAUCCAGGAGUUGUUUGGCUCCUUUGGUCAGUUGAAAUCCGUUAGAGUACCAAAGAAGUUUGACAAGUCUGCUAGGGGUUUCGCCUUUGUCGAGUAUGUCUUGGUUAAGGAAGCCGAAAAUGCGAUGGACUCAUUGCACGGUGUCCACUUGUUGGGCCGUCGUUUGGUGAUGCAGUUUGCCGCCCAGGAGUCCGAAGACGCCGAGGUGGAGAUCGCCAAGAUGACUAACAAGGUUAAGAAGCAGGUUGCGACGCAGCAGUUGGCCGCCGCCAGAUUGACCGGUAAGCGCAAGAUUGGUUUGGAGGAUGAGGAAGGUGGUGAUGAGAUUGACCACCUUUACCGGUAA